AGCGCGUUCUUCUUCAGGUUAGCUCGCUUUCAUUUCGCCGGAGGAGAGAAGAAUGGCGGUGGUGACGGCGAGCGGAAAGGCGGAGCCGACGGUGAUUUUAGUGGGUUUAAAUAACAGCGAGGAAAGUUUCUACGCGCUGGAUUGGACCCUCCGCCACCACUUCUCCGGCGAAGCCAAGCCCGGAGCUGCUGAUUGCAAGCUCGUCGUUGUCUACGCUAAACCUGUUCCUUCCUCCGCCAUCGGCUUAGGUGCCCUAGGAACUGUUGAUAUUCUGCCCUCUGUGGAGUGCAAAUUAAGCGAAAUUGCUGCGUCUGUAAUUGCAGAGGCUCGCGAGCUCUGCGUUGCCCAUACGACCAGCGAAGUUGUCUAUGAGAUAAUAGAAGGAGAAGCCUCAAGUGUACUUUGUGAUGCUGUGGAGAAGUUUCAAGCUGAUUUGCUGGUUUUGGGAAGCCAUGGUUAUCCAGCAAUUAAGAGGGCUGUGAUCAAGAGCGUGAAAGAAUAUUGCGUUCACUACGCCGACUGCAGUGUGAUGAUAGUGAAGCAACCCAGGCAGAAGAACUAAAGACUUCCUUUUAUCACAAACCAACCAAACAACUCAGGUUAUUGCACAACUUAAAAGCGCCUAUAAGCUCUCAAGCUUAUA